AUGCUCAUACCCGUCUCGACGUCGCCAUCAUCCAGCAACGGUGAAGGCGCCAUCAAGCUCUUUGUCGGACAGAUACCGCGUCAUCUCGAAGAGGACGCCCUUCGUCCAAUGUUCGAGGAAUUCGGCAAGAUCUACGAAUUCACCGUUCUCAAGGAUAAAUAUACGGGACUACACAAGGAGCGCUCGUCGAAGCCGCCCGCCGGAAAAUUCCGGACCGUCGAACGCGAAGAAUGGGAAUUCCCAUCGAGGCAGCAACGGGAGAAUUGGGCCGGGUCAAAUGAAAUUUGCAUAGUCGUUACCAGCCUGCCUUUACCGAGGGAUAGUUCCGUAGAUCCGCCCCAAGCUCUUUUGGCUCUUUCGGAAAAGAAGACGACUGGUACCAUGAUCCGUUUGAUUGCUUAGGAUAACAUUCGUCUCGUCGCUGAUCCGAAUCUUCAAUGAGGGGAAUUUUAAAAAGCACAUUUUCGUGACGUGCGUAUAUCAUAAAAGGAUAUAUAUAGAUAUACAUAAGAAUAUAUAUAACUAUAUAUAAUAAAUAAAAUUAUAAUUUUUCUGUUAAGAUAUAUUCCAAUCUUCGAUAAAUCGUGUUUCUAAAGAGCUUCUACUUUUUAAUUUUCUCUUUAUGUAUUUCAAUAAAUCGUAAUAAAUAUUUAUCAUUCAAUCGAAUUGAUCGAAUUAAGUUGCGACGAAAAUACGUGUCGCUUUACAACAACGGGCGUCGUACUCUACAGUUCUCCAAGUAAAUAAAUUAUGUAUGUGGCGAGCGCGCCAAACGUUUCUGGCUUUUCAAGUUAUAUAUCCGAUACGAUAACGCGGAUAAAGGACGUCACGGUGUCCUCGAUCGAUCUUUAAUAAGCGUUUCGUUCCGCGGAUAAGGAUUGAAGAUAGUAUAUGCGGG